CACCAGCCACCACCACCGAGUGCUCAUCAGCUCGCUCUCCGUCCGUCCGUCGUCCAGCUAGAGCUCGCGAGCGGACCGAUCGAUUAGAGGAUAUAUACAAUGGCGAUCAAGAAGGGCGGCGCGGCGGCGGCGGGGCUGAAGCAGAUCCUGCGGCGGUGCUCGAGCCUGGGUCGCCGUCAGCAGCAGCAGCAGCAGCAGCACAGCGGGUACGAGGAGGAGGAGGAGGAGUACGGCGAGGAGGAGGCGGCGGGGCUGCCGUCGGACGUGCCCCGUGGCCACUUCGCGGUGUACGUGGGCGAGCGGCGGCGCCGGUUCGUGGUGCCCAUCGCGCUGCUGGACCGGCCCGAGUUCCGCUCCCUGCUGCGCCGCGCCGAGGAGGAGUUCGGGUUCGCCGGCGCCGGCGCCGGCGGCAUCCUCGUUCUCCCCUGCGAGGAGGUCGCCUUCCGCUCCCUCACCUCCGCACUCGCCUGCGGCGGCGCCCGGUGAGAGCGAGCGCCGCACGUCUACGUACGCCAACCCACCGCCGGCGGUGCAAGCCCGCACGUGGGUGGCUAUUCGUUCGAUUCAAAGAUUCAUUGAUUUGGCUGGCCCUCGCCGGCGAAGUAAUCAGUAAUCACACGUGUACGGUGAAGAAGGUUAAUGGAUUAGAGGUGCGUGUAAAUAUGGAGGAUUAGAGGAGGAGGAGGAGAUCACGAGGAGUGGUGCAUGCGCGCGGAGGAUUACAUUAGCGCGCGCCCGCCCUCCCCCGCCAUUGGAGAGAAUCGUCGAGCUCGAGGACGGAGAUGAGACGAUCGACGAGACCUGCUUGUAGCUUUGAUUGGCUAAGUAUUUGCUGGCCGCUGCUGCUGCGUGUACGUUGUUUGUGAUGUGUUCUACUUCCUGGCCGGCCUACUGCUAGAUACGGUUAUUAGGCCAAGUGAAGGAACCAUCAUUAUUUGGUUUUUUUUCCCUGUACAUGCAAAGAUGCUGGCCGGCUAGCUAGCUACCAGAUCAGAGCUUGCACUGCAACGAGAUCGAUCAACCAGAUGUAUUCAUGCAUGUGUGUUCCUGCUCCCCUCCUGAAUCAUUCAAUUCUUAUGCCCAGAAA